UCAAAGCCUCUAAAAUUUCCCCUCCCACUCAUUCUCUCACUUUCCCCAAAGAAAAAAGGAAGACGACAUGAGGGCGCAACGGCAGCCGAUCCACGCGGUAUCGACAUGGGUGAAGCAUCAACCACCCAAAGUCAAGGCCUUUUUGGCGGUGGUGACGGGUAUGGCUGCGCUCGUUCUCCUCCGUUUCAUUGUACACGACCACGAUAACCUCUUCGUCGCCGCCGAGGCCGUGCACUCCAUAGGAAUCUGCGUGCUCAUCUACAAGCUCACCAAGGAGAAAACUUGUGCCGGACUAUCACUCAAAUCCCAAGAAUUAACAGCUAUGUUUUUGGCUGUUAGGCUGUACUGCAGCUUUGUCAUGGAAUAUGAUAUACAUACCAUACUUGAUUUAGCCACAUUGGCCACAACCUUGUGGGUUAUUUAUAUGAUCCGCUUCAAACUGAAGUCUAGUUACAUGGAAGACAAGGACAACUUUGCAAUAUAUUAUGUGGUUGUACCUUGUGUUGUGUUAGCUCUGUUCAUUCACCCAUCAACCUCUCACCAUCUAUUGAACAGGGUUUUCUGGGCAUUCUGUGUAUAUCUGGAAGCAGUUUCAGUGCUUCCCCAGCUGCGAGUUAUGCAGAACACAAAGAUAGUUGAACCAUUCACUGCUCAUUAUGUGUUUGCAUUGGGUAUUGCAAGAUUCCUCAGCUGUGCCCACUGGGUCCUCCAGGUUCUAGAUAGUCGAGGUCACUUACUGGUUGCCCUGGGCUAUGGAUUAUGGCCUUCUAUGGUUCUUAUCUCAGAAAUUGUUCAAACCUUCAUUUUAGCUGACUUCUGUUACUACUAUGUUAAAAGUGUCUUUGGAGGACAGCUUGUCCUGCGGCUUCCCUCUGGAGUGGUAUGAGUCAAACAUCCUCUUUUCUUGUGAUGGAUGGGCUUACGGCCAUUAAAACAACAAAUCUAUGACAGAUGUGGCUUUUCUGAGGUGCGGGUUUUUACCCUGGACCGUCUCUGUUGUCACUAUCAUUACUGGAAUUCUGGAAGCAGUUGGGUUGUUUGUAAAUUUAGGGUUGCAGGAAAACUUGGGUGGAUAUAUUUAUAUUGGAAUCAUAGUUUCGUUCACCUUUAGUUUAAUUGGAAAACACCAAUCUUCACUUAAUUAUUACAGACUUGUGCAUCCAAUUUAGUUUGCAACAAUCGAUUAGAGAGUAUACCAUUGUUAAGACUGUCAGAUCCCUUCCCUUGGGAUGGCUAGUGUGCCCCAUUCCCUUGGGGUACAAGAAACACCAGGUCAGCAUGGGGUUAGUAGCCAUUAAAUAUAUGAUUUAAGUAGGA